AUGGAUGAACUGAAGAAAACCUUGUUGGAUGUCUCCGACAUGGUGUCUUUGAAGAUGGAAGAGUUCAACCAGCGCCUCCAAACAGUCAGGAACGCUCCAUCAUCGCCAAGCAGUCAUGAAACUGAGUCAUGCCCUCUAGCUAAGGAGUUUGAAGUGUUCCGUAGCUCGGUUCUAUUCUGCCUUCAGAAUCUCCAGACUCAAAUGGAGAUGCUUUUUAAGCUGCAAGACGAGCAGGAAAUGCGGAAUCGACGGAAGUUCUUACUGCUGCAUGGUGUGAACGAGAACAAGGAAGAGAGCCCUAGCACAGUUGCUAAUAUGAUAGCUGUACUACUAAAAUUGCCUGAGGUAACCGAAACUAGUUUGAGUCGCUGCACCAGGAUGGGUUUUAGAAAAAGCAACACUCCUCGUCCUUUACUAAUCAAGUUUCAUGAUGUUGAAGUCAAAAAUAAAAUCUGGAUGGCUAAGACUAAUCUCAAAGGCACGGGCAUAACUUUAUCUGAGUUCCUUACUAAGACACGCCACAAACUAUUCAUGGCUGCCAGGGAAAAAUUCGGCGUUUCUAACUGCUGGACUCGAGGUGGCUCCAUAUUCGCUAUUGGGGAAGACAAAGAACGUCGCCGUAUCACUUCCUUGACAGAUAUUGAUGACAUUCCUAAAAGUACCCCUCCCGUGCAAGUGAAGUCUGAUCAUUCCACCUCCCGUCAUGCGAAAUUACAUACAAAAAAGGCCCCGUCUAAGACAUAA